CUCCACACCACAACCAUGGCCUGCAACAACAUCUGCCGUCCCUGCGGACCCACCCCACUGGCCAACAGCUGCAACGAGCCCUGUGCCCUGCAAUGCCAGAACUCCAGCGUCAUCAUCAACCCUUCCCCUGUGCUGGUCACCCUGCCAGGACCCAUCAUGACCUCCUUCCCCCAGAACACCGUUGUCGGAUCCACCUCCUCGGCUGCCGUUGGUAGCGAACUCAAUGCCCAGGGACAGCCCAUCUCUGGUGGCUUUGGCUUUGGCCUUGGCUAUGGGCUGGGAGGCCUGGGCUGCUAUGGCAGAAGGGGUGGCUACAUCUGCUAA